UUAUUAUCAACUCUCAACCCACGUUACAAGCAUGACGGAUUUUGACAGUACUUUUGGUGUUCGCAUUGGGAAAAAUCCCAGGAAAACCAAUGAGUUUCCCACAAAAGAAGUCAGCGAAUAUGGGGUUAAAUUAUUAGUGGACGGUGGGUCAAUAAAUCCGAAGCAAUCCGCCUGUCACUAUGACUAUCAGCUCUCGCUCACCCGAGCUCUUGUGGCAACUAGUAUCGCUGCUUUUGACAAAUCUGGUCUGGAGGAGAGAAAAAUGCAAUGUCUGGAAGCAUUUCCGUCGACAGGAGCGUCUGGACUCUUGUGGGCCAAGCACCUCUCUUCUGAAGUCACCAAAUUCCACUUGAACUGCAGCUAUGAACCGAGUGUGAUGGAGCGGGUUCAAGAAAAUAUUAAAAUCAAUGACCUUGGGGACAAGGUGCAAGUGCUCAACUUCGACCCAUUCUCCAUAAAUAAUGACCACUCUUUUUUCAACUUUGUAUACCUGGAAGGGUUUGCGAAUUCUUCCCAGUAUUUGGACAACAUCUUCAAGAGAAUACCACGGAGAGGAAUGGUUGCAAUUUCCACGGUGGACGACCCAGCCAUAUAUUGCAAAUCACCGGAAGUUGCCCAGAGACACUAUGGGGGUCUCAUUGGGAAGACGCUUUAUUACAAGGAACUGGCUGCAAGACUCAUUGUCGCAGCAGCAGCACGAUCAGCUGCUCGCUCGAAUAGAGGAAUUAGAGUGAUGUGGGUCUACAACUUCAAGUCGUCCAUCUCGAUGCUGCUGCAAGUGGACAAAGGACCUGCCAAGGCCAACGAGUCCUUGAAGAACACCCGCAGCUUGAUCCACUGCAACAUCUGUGAAGAGAGGGCGUUCUACCCUGACACAAAUUACGUAAUAGAAAAUCCGUAUAGCCUUCUAGCAUGCUCUUGCAAAUCUAAGAUGCCUGGGAAAACGGCCAUCAAUAUUGGACCGGUUUGGAGUGGUGAACUCUUUGAUGCGAAUUUCCUCCAAAAAAUGGUGUCUGAGUGCUCUGCAUUUCCGUGGAAAAGCGAAGCCGGUGAAAUCCUCAGCCAGCUGUUGGAAGAAGCUUUGUGCCCUGAAACAACGCCGUUGACCUGUGCUGUCUCACAAUCUGAUGGUGAUGACCCGCCAAACAAGAGAGUUUGUGUCGAAACUGCCGCCCCUCCAUUCUAUUACAAUUUGCACCACAACCGGCCCAAAGAUUCUAAAAUGAUCAAGGCAGACAAAGUUGUCACGUUCCUCCGCAGCAACGGCUUCCGCGCCAGUCGAACACACUUUGAUCGUGAAGCAGUCAAAACCAACGCCUCUGUUGCAGAACUGCUGCAAAUCAUUCGCUCAGGCGGGCUUAAAGCACAAGAAUAAGCAAUUGAUCAAAAUGUUGUAAUUUUGUGAUGCAUAAUUCACCAGUUGUAUAAACCCUUAGUGUUCGAAGCCGCCAACAGAUGGCGCCGCCAUAUACCACCGUAAUAAUUUUAAUUUUAAGGCACUUCCGCUACGGUUUCAGACUAAAUCUUGCUACUGUGCAUUCUUAAAUUAAUAUGCUUUCUUUUGACGUGCUGAAAAACCUAAAUCGGUUAAGCCAAUCGCCGUAGAAUCGUAAAUAAUUUUUACUUUUAAAUAAAUAAUCUUCACUGAUGAUUUAACGGUGAAUGGCUGGACUGAUUUUGGUUUUCAGCACGCCAAAAGAAAGCAUACAAAAUGCAGCAGGAUUGAGUCCAAAAUCGCAGCGCCUUAAAAAUAAAUUUAAUACAAAAGAAUACGGUGGCGCCAUAUGUUGGCGGCUUCGAACACUAACAAUAUGUGCUUAUACAACUGGUGGGUUGAGAGUCAUUUAUAAAGAGUACUUUCAUUUUUUUACUUCAUGAAGGAGGGUUUUGUAAUGUCAGGUCUUGUGCUAUUGAACAAUUAAAAAAUUAGGUUUUGCUUGACGCACAUACUUUUUAUGACUCAAAGUUGAUAGCAAGUAUAAAUAAAAAAUUAAGUAAAAUGAAAUUAUUAAGAAAUACUUCACGUAUUUCGCCUUCACCCAUAAUCAAGUAAAUAUUUACAAACCGCAAUCAUCAAGAUAGAGCCAAUGAUCUUGUGAUAAGAAAAAAAUUAUGUGUUGCAAGGGAAUUUUGGAGGUUGAUAAAUAAAACAGAAUUUAUUAAAAUUCAAAUAAAA